AUGUCCCAACAGUACUCGCAGUACCAGCAAAACUACCAGCCCUACCAGAGCUACCAGUCGUAUCAGCAGGGCGUAAUGCCUUCUGGUCCAGUGGCACAAACCUACAACUACCAGCCGUACCAGACUGCCGCCGUACCUAGCGGAGACUCUGCGGCGGCGCAGGCAUCGCAGCCCGGAGCAGUCGCUCCUCCAGCAAACGAGGCUCAGUCUUACCAGUACUAUCCAACAGCGCAUUCCCACUAUUCGCAAUACUCCUAUCCUCCCCAGCCUCCCACCCAGUCGCAACAACAACCCCUGCAGCCACAACAGGUGGGCUACUACUACCCGCAGCCUCACCCUUCCACCUUCUAUCCAAGACACGGACAGUAUCCAGGGUACGGGCAGUCAUACAAAGGUCAUAUGCAGUAUGUUUACAACACUCCCGGCAACACGGCUACGUCAGAGACGCCUGUGCAACCUGCGGGAAUGAGGCCAAAGAUAACAACGACCAUGUGGGAGGACGAGAAAACGCUGUGCUACCAGGUGGCAGCCAAUGGCGUUGCCGUUGUCAGAAGAGCAGAUAACGACAUGAUCAACGGAACCAAACUUUUGAACGUCGCCAAGAUGACCAGGGGCCGCAGAGACGGUAUUCUGAAGGCCGAGAAGACCAGGCAUGUUGUCAAGAUCGGCUCAAUGCAUCUCAAGGGGGUGUGGAUUCCUUUUGAAAGAGCCCUUGCUAUGGCUCAGAGAGAAGGUAUUGUUGACCUGCUGUAUCCCCUGUUUGUCAAGGAUAUCAAGAAAGUGAUACAGCAGGGAACUCCGACGACCCAGAUGAGCAAGACGGCUGCGGUCCCGCCGUAUUCGUACUACGUGCCUCAGCAGUAUAGCUCUUCGGAACAACCAAGCGAGGAGAAAAAGGCCAAGCCAGCGGAGUCGGGAUAUGAUAAGCCCAAGGUCAAGUCUGACUACUUUUACGGGUACAAGCCCCAGCCUUCCGGUGGCAUGCACUAUUCAAACUCGUAUGCGAGCUACAAUUCGCAGGCCUACCUCCCUCAGGUGGCCUCCAAUCAGCCUCCCGCAGAUCCUAAUGCUUCUCAAGGAUCUCUAGCGUCCACCAAUACACCUUCCUCCUCUGUUGGGUACGCCAACCCUGCUCCGGCUCAGAAAUCGUCUGCGUCUGACCAUUCAGAGCCCUACAUCAAGAAAAGUUCCGAGUCGAACUGA